AGCCACGUGUAAUGUCAAUUUUUGAAAAACGCAGUGUGCGUUUUAAAUCAGUUGUUAAAUAUAAACAAGUUUAGUUUUUUUAUGUUUUUCUUUGAGAAAUCUCUUCCAAAAAAUAAUGAAUAAACUUUAUAAACCCAAAGUAACAUUUUCAGAUAGUUUAACAAAAAUAUCGAAAAAUGUCCGUCGGGAGAUUCGCCCUCGUAGUCGCAGUGUCUAUACCACAAGUUCGUACAUUAGCGAUGACCUGGGAACCCCCCGCGAUCUCAAAUACGAGAAUCCAUCGUCAUGGUCGCCUUACGUACCCAAACCCAUCGUGGUUAAAAACUAUUACCCCGAUGACUUGAACAGCGAGACAUGGGCGGAUGAUGGAGGCUACAUGGGUGGCACUACCAUCACACCGCAUGGUGUUAUCUCGUUGAGACUGCACGACCGGAUUCGAGUCGAUAUUUCACUCGAUCGAGCGAUUCGAAUUAUUAAUAUGAAGAAUUAUAUUGUUUUGGCAUUAAAUGCGAGCGGAAGUUCCUCUGCUUUGAUUCAUCCCAAUGGAAGGGUACUGCAAUAUGGGUCAAGGGUCGAGAUUUUAGCCCAUGAUGGACAAGGCAAUAACAAAUAUGCAAAAAUGUGGUACAAAGGAGUGAGUUUUACGAGUGAUCAAUGUGCCCUCGUCUAUUUGGUGGAUUCUGCCGGAACACGCACGACCACUGAUACGUUUACUGAUUUAACUGGCGAUAUCACACUUGAUGUUUUCUACAAUCGGCCAAAUUGUGGCCUAGAUUUUGCCUGUGUUACGCCUGGCACUCAUCUGGUGAAUGAAGCUGUUAGUGUUCUUCAGUCAGCCAAUUACUGGUUAACUGAAGACAGAACCGAUAAUUGGAUCAUCAACAAUGUGCGAAUCUCGCAAACGGCCGAUGGUCUAGUUAGGGUGGGGCGUAAUAGUAACAAGUUCUCGCUACGUACCUCCCCCACAAAUGGGUCCGCCUCUGUCUCCUCCCCUUAUCUCCAUUGCACCGGUUCAAUGGGUCAGACACGACAUUUGUUUGUGAGGCGUGGAGAACGUCGUAUGCACUACGAUGGAACCACUUUUAUCGUACGAAAUGCUGGCCAUUCAGCCGGAUUCGACGAAAGACACCAGUUGAAAGUUUAUUGAAUUUUUUGUGGGGGUGCAUGGGGGGCAAAUCAAGUGUUUGAAUUUUUUUUAUACAAAAAGUGAAAGCAACGACCAAAAAAAGUGCAAUUUUUCUUCAAAUAGUGUUACACUGCAUUUCGUAAUGAAUGAUUUUUUUAAGAUACAUUUAGCCAUAAUUCAUGUCGAAGUUUGGCAAAUAAAUGGUUUGAUGGUCAA